GGGAGCCGCCCCGGGAUGCCCCGGCGCCCGGCGCGGGGAUGGAGGGCGAGCCGGUGGCGGCGGCGGCGGGCAGCGGGCACCGGGCCCUGACGGACGAGGAGCUGUCGUCGCUGGGCAAGGAGGAGCUGGUGCGGCGGCUGCGGCAGGAGGAGACGGAGAAGCUGUCGGCGCUGGUGCAGCGCGGCCGGCUGAUCCAGGAGGUGAACCGGCAGCUGCAGGGCCACCUCCUGGAGAUCCGCCAGCUCAAGCAGGUCAACCGGCGCCUGCAGGACGAGAACCGGGAGCUCCGGGACCUCUGCUGCUUCCUGGACAACGACCGGCAGAAGGGCAAGCGCGUGGCCCGCGAGUGGCAGCUGUUCGGCACGCAGGCCUCCCGGGCCGUGCGCGACGACCUGGGCGGCUGCCGCCAGAAGCUGGCCGAGCUGGAGGGGCGGCAGGACGAGCUGCUGAGGGACAACCUGGCCCUCAAGGAGCUGUGCCUGGCCCUGGAGGACCAGUGGGGCCCGCCCAGGCCCGACGACGCCGGGCCCGCCGCCCCCCCGGAGCUGGGCCUGCCCCCCUGCGGGCCCCGGGACCUGGGCGACGGCAGCUCCAGCACCGGCAGCCUCGGGAGCCCCGACCAGCCCCACCCGGCCUGCUCCCCGGACCACUGAGGAGCCCAGCGGGGGCCCGGGGGCUCAGCCCGGCCCCAGAUCCGGGGGGCUGGAGGCCACCUCGGACGGGUCGCUUCGCUUCUCCGGGCCCCGGUCGGAGCCCGAGCCCCCCACAGGGCGUGGGGCCUCGUCCCGGCUCUGCCCACCUGGAUGACCUCGGACGAGUCGCUUCACUUCCCCGGGCCCCGGUUGGAAGGCUGAGCCCAAGCCCACCGACCCAGCGUGGAAAGAGCCCCGGCUGGGGAGCCAGAGGGCGUGGGGCCUCAUCACAGCCCUGCUUCUGGGCACCUGGAUGACCUUGGAUGAGUCGCUUCACUUCCCUGGGCCCCGGUUGGAAAGCUGAGCCCAAGCCCACCGACCCAGCGUGGAAAAAGCCCCGGCAGGGGAGCCAGAGGGCGUGGGGCCUCAUCACAGCCCUGCUUCUGGGCACC